UGUAGAAGCGGGAACAGCGAGAGAUGGGGAUUUGUACGCACUCUCGAUAUGCAGGUCCUUUGUUCAGAAGUGCCUUGUUCUGCUCCUGUUGCUGACGCUGCUGUUCAUGGUGACAAGGGACGUGACCCAAAAUGCUGACACCAUUAGGACACCGACGAACCCAAAGAUCGACGGCGUGUUAGCAGAGCAGAGAGAGGUCAUCGAAAACCACAUGAAAGGCUAUGUUUUUCACUCUAAGUUAAACGUUAGCAACUUGAAGGACCUUGUGCUAGAGGAAGGAGGCCAACCCGUUCGGAACCUCAUUGUCACUACCUGGAGGUCUGGUUCCACUUUUAUGGGGGAUAUUCUGCUCAGCCACCCGGGGACCUACUACCACUACGAGCCCCUCUUGGACUUCGGCAUCAAGCAGAUCCGCCACGGGGAGGAGGCGGCCCAGGCGGUGCGGAACCUGAGGCACCUUCUCGACUGCGAUUAUAGCGAAAUGGAGCACUAUCUCAGGUACGGUCCAUCGCACCCUUGGCUCUUCAGUCACAACAAAUUCCUCUGGGGAAGGUGUAAGACGUCCUCCGACCUGUGCUGGAAGCCGGAGUUCCUGUCGCCCUUCUGCAGCCUCUUCCCCUUCCAGUCCCUCAAGACGGUCCGACUCAGGCUCAAUCUCACGGAGGAACUGCUGGAGGACAAGAAGUUGGGCGUGCGGCUGCUGUAUCUGGUGCGGGAUCCUCGGGGCACCUUGCAGUCUCGUCGGCACAGGGAGUGGUGUCCUGGGAAGAAGGACUGCGACGACCCUGAGACGCUUUGCGAGGACCUGAUCAGGGACUACAUCACGGCGACGGUCUUCAGGAGGAAGUUCCCCGAGUCCUUCAGAGCUGUCCGAUACGAAGACAUUUCCUUCAACGUCUUCAACGAGACGAAGGAACUCCUGGACUUCUUCCGCCUCGACUUCCACCCCGACAUUCAGAAAUUCCUGCAGACGCACACCGGCCGGAACAAGGGGGGCGUGUCCAGCACCUUCAGGGACUCGAAGGCCGCCCCCGUCCACUGGCAGAAGGACCUGGCGUGGGAGGAAGUGCAGCGGAUCCAGGGCGUGUGCGAGAAGGCCCUGCGGCUGUGGGGGUACGAGUUGGCUGAGGGCGAGGAGCACCUUCGCUCGUUCAGGCCCGUGGGUCGCUUGGAGUUCUUUUGAGGGGAGCCACACGUAGCACACACACACACACACACACACACACACACACACACACACACACACACACACA